AUGGAAUAGUGGUAGAAGGAUUUGAAUAAUGUGAUGACGGAAAUAACAUUCAAUAUGAUGGUUGUUAUGAAUGUUAAUUUUCCUGCAAAGAUGAAUGUUAAAUUUGCAAUAAAGAUAAAUGUUUAGAUAAUAACUAGACUAAUUUAUGUGAAAUAGGAUAUUAAUUAAUUUAUAAUUAAUGUCAUUCAAUUUGUGGAGAUUCAAUAAUUACAUCAAAUGAAUAAUGUGAUGAUGCUAAUGAAAUACCUUUUGAUGGAUGCUAUUAAUGUUAAUUUUCUUGUUCAUAAUAGUGCUUAGAUUGUAUAGAUGGAUAAUGUUUAAAAUGUGAACUUGAUUAUGAAAUUCAGAAUAAUAUUUGUAUAGAUGUUUGUGGCAAUGGUUCUAAAUCAGAAUUAGAAGAAUGCGAUGAUAAUAAUUAAGUAUCUCAAGAUGGAUGUUCUGAUAAAUGUGAAAUUGAAAUUAAUUGGUAAUGCACACAAAUAAAUUUUAAAACUAGUUUAUGUCUUUAAAUGA